AAGGCACAACGCGUCGUCCAACCUUAGGUAAAGAUAGGAGGCGCGAGCGCAUUCGCCAUCAGAAACUGUUUGUUACAAGCAAGAACCUGUCUUUAAACCAACAAGCACCAACGACAAAGCAAGGUUUCCUAGGUGCAGUUACGCGAAGGUAUAUUGCCAAAAGGCUUACUGACCACUGACUCUCGAACAACAUCCGGGCGAAAUUCACGAACGCUCCCUUCGCUUUUCCACUUGAGUUAUCUCUGCAAGUUUAGGACACAAUGAAUUUUGUAAAUGGGGCAUUUCGAUGCCUAAUGGCUCAUACUCGCGGUCGUGGACUGUCGAGAGCUGCUGCCGCCGCUGCAGCUGCCGGCACGGCUGCAGCCGCAACCGCGGCGUCUAUGACACUCUGGAGCGAGGGCGUUGUCGCGGAAGCAAACAGAGCUGAAGCAGAAAGCGCACGGACACCACCGCUUGCAGGUGCGGCAGCCACUUCGUCAUCCUUCGCCGCCUCUGCGCUCCCCCCCACCUCUACACCAGCUUCUUCUCCCUCCGCCGCCUCCUCCUCAGCCCACGCCACCUCAGCUGACAGCCUGCCCACCUACAAGCUCAGCUGCAAGGCGCGCUCAGCGGCGCCGCACCGACCCGUGGUUCUCGUGAGCUGUGGCAGCUUCAACCCGCCCACUGUACUGCAUCUGCGCAUGGUGGAUCUAGCAGCGGAGGAGCUGAUGCGGCGCGGCUACGAUGUCUGGGGAGCCUAUCUGUCGCCCGUAGCCGAUGCAUACGGCAAGUCAGGUCUCGCACCCGCCGCCGAUCGAGUUACAAUGUGUCGGCUGGCGGCGGCGGAAUCCGAAACGUCGCCAGUCGCCGCCGCUGCUGCGGCGGCCGCCGCUGCCGCUUCAGAGGGCGAAAAGGGCAGUCAUGACGGCAGCACUUUGAACUUUAAGCCCAGAUCCAAUCCGGAAGCGGAUCUGGUCAUGGUGUACGACUGGGAAGCCCGACAGCCGGGCUACACUCGGACCCUGGCGGUGUUACGCCGGGUAGAGUCGGAGCUGCGAGAUUGGCUGCAGCAGGGGCAGCAGGGAGGACCCAUGGGUCCGUCGGGGGCGCCAGCCGCAGCCGCGCCAGCACACUCGCCGCGUCAAGACGCGCCAGGGCAGCAAGAUGGGCAGCAGCAAGGGGGGCAGGAGUCAGGUGUCCGAGCCAUGCUGCUGUGUGGAGGGGAUGUGUUGGCGUCAAUGGCUAGCCCAGGGGUGUGGCGGGACCCUGACGUCAUCCUCCGGGAGCAUGGAGUCGUGUGCGUUGACCGGGAGGGCGCGGAUCUGGAGGACCUGCUGAACAAGCCCGGCAACGUACUGUACGACAACCGGGACCGGAUCGUAGUGGUGUACGACAAGGUCGGCAACACGGUCAGCUCUUCGAAAGUACGGCA